CCCGUUUAAAGUUUGUUGGUUCGUGUCUGACACCUGCAGCCACUCCUUGAGCUCUUACAACGACUCCGCGGCUGCUUGUCACCACAUGCUGUAGCCCGCGCCCCUCCCCUCGCCCACUCGCACCUUUGUUCCGCUGCAGUGCCAUGCAUAGGAGAGGCUGUGCUGCGCUAUUUAUUCUGGUCUGGUUACGUACUCGCCUUGAUAGUAAUGGCUGUGACACACGCGGAGAAGUGUGCGAUUUCGGGGCGCUCUUUCGGCGGCAGAAAAGAGACUUGAGAGAAGAGAGCAGUGAUUGCGUCAUAACAUGGCGGCGCGGAGAGCUCGUUAUUGUGGUCGCGUCAUGGGUGUCGUCAUAGCUACGUCGCCCGCGCCUACACCUCCCGCGUCACGUGAAAGAUCCAGGAGGUUUCACUGUGUGCGUCACCUCUGUGCUGUCAGGAGGGCCUUGCUUAGGACACUCGUAUUGUGGUCUCAGGAGGAGAUUCGUCUUUGUAAUUGUACUGUGCAAGUUAGGUGCGACGAACUGCAGGAACCUUACCACUGGAUUCGCCUCGCCGUCUGCCGAUCCUCUUUUGAAGCCUCUCUCGUCCCGACAGGAUCCCAAUCUCGACGAAGAGAAUCUACGCCCAUUGCCGUGCUAAAUGAUCAUAAUCGUAUUUAUCCUCGCUUACGACCAUCUAGCACGGCGCUGGUCUGGAUGAUGACGUCACACUACAAGACCAGCCUUUCUCUGCCUUUGUUCGACCCGCGCGGGAAUAUUGUGGGGAAUUGACAGCUUCUGAAUUGACGAGACAGAGAGAGAGAGAAAAAAAAAACUUCCUUAUUUGUUCAUUAUGACAGGUGUUCCUCAGUUCCUCAGUGACUAUUUUAGAUGUGAAUUGUUUGAGAAUGACGUGGGGAAAUUGACAGCUUCUAACU